GGAUGUUCACUUAGAAACAUAUAAACUGAAGCUAUAUGAAAUCUCUUUAUAUGGAGACAAAGACAUUAUACACCUAAUACAUUCAAAGAAUAAAUCUUGAUUAUUAUCAAGUUCCAGCGUAGUCUAAGGAACCAGGCUUCCAUACAGAUGUUUGCCAAUUUAAUAGAGCAAUACCGUUGAAAAAUGCAUUUAGAACUAAGUGUAGUGAAUUGUACUGAAUUAUAGUGAUUCUAGUGAAAAAGAAAUCAUGCCUCAGAAAGUAGAAGGAAAAAAUUAAAAUUAUAUCUAGACAUUUUCUCAGUAUUGAUUUCUCCCUAAUAAAUAAUUUAGAUUCAAAUCAAUAUUACUUUAUUCGUCAUUUCUUAAUCAAACAUAUUAUAGCGAAGCAAUAAGUUAAGGAAAUGACAAUAACAUAUAACACAAAAAAUCUUACAGUUAACUUUCACUGGUGAACUAAAGCCAUAAAAAACAAUAUUAAAGCUCUUAAAGAAAAUUGAUUAUCUACCAUAUGAUAUCUAAAGACCUGAGACAAGUGUUUUGAAACACCUCGUGUUCAAAGAGGCUUUAAUUUCUAUAAUUUCCAACAUGAACGCGAAUAUUUCGCCAGACCGGCGUACAAAGAGAAGAGCAACAUGCUUAGAGUUUACCAACUGCUCCUUCCGAAAGAAACUAUCACGUGACUACAGAAAAAGUUUAAACCUACAUUUGUGAAAACCGAUGGAAUUCUCGAUAAUCGAAACCUUUCUGAAAAAAGCUAGUGAACAAAGAUAAACAGAAAAAUAAGUAAUAUGUAAUAAACAGGAGAAGUAAUAGAUAAAAGUAAUGAAUACAAUUUCAAAUACUAUACCUAAGGCACAGACAUUUAGCUGAAAAUCCACGCAUCAAGUUUUUCUGCUGCUUGAAAAUACAUAGAACAAAAUAAGUUCUUAGACGAGAGUGACAGUCACAACUAUCAACCACCAUGUGUGACGAGGAAGAGUCAGCAACCCUCAUCUGCGACAAUGGCUCCGGUCUUGUCAAGGCUGGCUUUGCCGGUGAUGACGCUCCUCGAGCUGUCUUCCCCUCCAUCGUUGGCCGCGCCCGUCACCAGGGCGUAAUGGUUGGUAUGGGCCAAAAGGAUGCCUACGUAGGAGAUGAGGCCCAGAGUAAGAGAGGGAUUCUAACUCUCAAGUACCCAAUUGAACACGGUAUUGUAACAAACUGGGAUGACAUGGAGAAGGUCUGGUACCACACCUUCUACAAUGAGCUCCGCGUUGCCCCUGAGGAGUGCCCCACCAUGCUCACUGAGGCUCCCCUUAACCCCAAGGCCAACCGUGAAAAGAUGACUCAGAUCAUGUUCGAGUCCUUCAACAUGCCCGCCAUGUACGUUUGCAUCCAGGCUGUCCUGUCCCUCUACGCCUCUGGUCGUACCACUGGUGAGGUUUUGGAUUCUGGUGAUGGUGUCUCACACAUAGUCCCUGUUUAUGAAGGUUUUGCUCUUCCUCAUGCCAUCCUUCGACUCGACCUAGCUGGUCGAGAUAUUACUAACUACUUGAUGAAGAUCAUGACUGAGCGAGGCUACUCCUUCACCACCACCGCUGAGCGAGAGAUCGUCCGUGACAUCAAGGAGAAGCUUUGCUAUAUCGCACUUGAUUUUGAGGGUGAGAUGAACACUACUGCAGCUUCCUCCUCCGUCGACAAAUCUUAUGAACUACCUGACGGUCAAGUUAUUACCAUUGGCAAUGAGCGCUUCCGUGCUCCCGAAUCUCUGUUCCAGCCUUCCUUCCUUGGUAUGGAAUCUGCAGGUGUCCACGAAACUGUUCAUACUUCCAUCAUGAGGUGCGACAUCGACAUCAGGAAGGACCUGUUGGCCAACAUUGUUUUAUCUGGUGGCACCACCAUGUAUGCUGGCAUUGCCGAUAGGAUGCAGAAGGAAAUCACAAGCCUGGCUCCAUCAACUGUCAAGAUCAAAAUCAUUGCUCCUCCAGAGCGUAAAUACUCCGUCUGGAUUGGUGGGUCAAUUCUUGGUUCCCUGUCCACUUUCCAGAACAUGUGGGUAACAAAGGAGGAAUAUGAAGAAUCGGGACCUGGCAUUGUCCAUCGCAAAUGCUUCUAAUUUUGGUAACAUUCAGCUAAAAUUAAUGGACACUUUACCUUAGAAGCAUUCCAAGGCCUUCGCAUACAAUCCUUAACUAACCACUUCAGUGAAAUUUCAAGCCAUGAAAAUAAAGUUUUAAAUAUACUGAAUGGUUCAUUCUCCUCUAACGCCGGACAUCAUUUUUAUGAUACAAGGCGAAAUCAAUGAAUAUGUCUAAAAUCUCUGUCAACAAUUUGAAAAGCUAAUUUUGGUAGAAACUUGCUUUUCACAAUCUUGACUACCAAAUCUGAAUCAUUGGAAAAUUAUAUGGAUAAAAAUUUUCCAAAAUCAAAAUUUUGUGAUGCUGUCUAUCAAAUAAGAGACAACUGCUUCAUAUAAAAAAUAAAUGCUGAAAUGAAGAAAUUUAUAAUUUAUCUAUGACUUCUAUGUAUGAUCAUCAUUGUAAGAGGAUGAAUAAAUAAGAGAAUGAAAAAAUUAAUGUAUAUUGAGAUUUAUUUUUUAUCAUAUUAUUGUUGUAUACUGUUCACAAAAGUCUUAAGUACAACGCCAUACUGAAGAAGGGAAUUUUAAAAGAAAUUGUUUCAAGAAAAUCAUGUCAUUAGCAUUGAUUACUGAUAAGACUUCUAUGACUAAAAUAUUCUUGGUGAUAUUAUUUUGACAUAAAUAUAUGCUUUUGU